UCUUCAUUUUCUGGAGUUCACACAUCACAGGUUUUCAGUAUCUGUAACUGCAACUGUUUUUCUCUUUUUUGUGGCUGAGCAUUCCUCUUUCUGCAGAAAAAUUCUUGCUCAGUUUCCUUACAAAGACAGCCCUUCCCAUCUGGCAAUUUAGCAUGAAGUGAGUUGGUAUUACGGCGGGUGCAUUUGCUACUCAAAAGCCUUCCAAAGAAGGACUGGGCAAAAGGCACUGUCUGUGCCAGGUAGGUACUUUCUUCAAACUAGUGCUGUAUGGAUCAUUCUAAACUGGAAUUCACAUGGCUGCAGACUUUUUCUGUGCUGACAGUAUGCCUGAAAGAUCAGAAGCAUAUCUGAAGUGCAGCCUGUGUGCUAAGGAUAGGUCUCGAAAGACUGGUGAUGAUGGUCAACACUUCUCGCAAAAUUUUGCUGCUGAUGGGAAAUCAUUCCUUGACCAAACAGGUUUCCUACAGGGUCAAAGAGAUUUAAUAGCUUUAUGGAUUUUAAUCUUUAUGGAUUUUAAUCUUUAUGGAUUCAGUUCUAUUCACCUCUUCAUCUGGAAAUCAAGAAAAAUUAUCACUGAUGAAAUUCAAAGAUAUCUAGUUUGAUAGAGCUGAAAAUAAUGACUGGGACAAGAUAAGCAUGCAGAGGCAUGGUGGUUUAUUGAGGAGAAAAAUUUACAGCCAGAACUAAGAAACAUCAAUGCCUAAGAGAGCAUUGUAAAGAGCAAGAGGUGUUUUUUUCCUGAAAAGCAUGUACUCAAAGAAAGAUUUUCUUUCAUAGUUAUUGUGGCUGAAGAGCUGAACUUGUGGCUCUAGUGCAACACAAUGAAGAGAUUAGGGAGGCCCUUACAGAGACGAACAGCAAGAGGAACAGCUUCUGGUUUCUGCGAGCAGAGCUGAUGAAAUGGGUACAACAGUGUUGCCUGCUUAUCUGAUGUCCACAUCCUUUAAGGACUGCUAGUAAAGCGAAGAGAAAAUGUAGGUGAUCUGCAGAGCAAUAACCUGUACAGGAGGAACAUCUCCCAGAGACCAAUUUAAAAAUCUACUGAUGCAGCUUGUGAAAGAUGACUGACAAGGUCCUUCCCACACAGUUGUUUUAUUCUGGCAAAACCUGAAACCAGUAGAUCCUGCAUCUCAUGCUUCAGGCUUUUCACAUCACGUUCACAUCAAGCUCUUCAGCCAAACAGAAGUUAUUGGGCAGUGUAACAGUGUCAGAGGCAUAUGAGAUAGCAGCAAAUGGCAUAACAACAAAAGCUAUACCUGUGUCUGGAAUAACACCAGAGAGCAAACAAGAAAAUAGAUAAUCUCUUGUGGACAGACAUGACUGAUUCUUCCCACUCUCACUACCACCUUCUGUAGAUUUCUUGUUUCUGCUUCUCAUUGUGCAUUUUCAGUUUCUGCUGGUCACAAGAAAGCAGGCUCCCCUGUUGAGAAAUGGCUUGUACUUUUGCUUGGCUGGCCUUUUCUGGGAAACAGAGGAGACCAGCACCUGCCAGCUGCCAGCACAGCUGUUCUGUUGGCAGGACUCACAACCAUUCCACUUGACUGCCAUGUGUCCUCUGCGCUCUCUUCUCCCUUCUCAGGAUCUUCCAAAAGACAAAUAAGGCCCAUCUCACUCUCAAGAGAAAUUCAUAGAAGCUGCUGAGCUUCCUACUGUGACAGAGAGCCUCGGUAAACCUCAGCACUUUGCACGCUCUGCCCUUAGACCACACACUCGUGCGGACAUCCUACUUCUUAUUCAGUAUUCUGACCACUGUUACAUUUUGUCCUGGGCAGGGAUAGGAGGUAGAUUUGCUGUAUAUAAAGCCUGCAACAGAAAACAUCAAGCAAGAAGGUAGUUUGAAUUAACAUGCCUUCAUUUCUAUUUUUAGUAAGAUAAGUAGGAGUUAGGAAGUUCAAGCAAUAGUGAUUAAAAGGAGCCUUCCCUACACUAUCUAUACAGUUUUCUCUUCUACAGUUACAUAAUGCAACUUGCAAAAUCAGUUAUCUGUCAGAGAAGGACUAGAAACACACUUCCCACACACCCACCAAGUGCUUGCCCCCUCUCUGCUCUCUACAGAGGAUUCUUUGAUUUUUUUUUUCUGAGAUAAGGAAAAGAACAAGGUUUCAGUUGAAUGAGAGCUGAGUGACAUCUAUGCUUAGUGACAUCAGUUUUAAUGAUUGUUGGAUGAAAUGAAAAUGCCUUAACUCAGUAAUCAGUCUCCCAGUGGAAACUGUGGGUUUUUUUAAACAUCAUGCGUUUAAUUCUAUUUCUGACUUAAAGGGACUAUCUCUGAUGAGCACUGAGGAGAGAAGUACUUGUGAUACAAGUGUAAGGAAGUCGAAGCUUCCGCUAAGAGAUACAGAUACCUAGUGCUAUCUGCUUUUUACAUGUGGUGAAUACUGCUGCGUGGGUAGCACCUCACUGGCAGAGCUACCUGAAGAAAAGCAAGAGAUUCUGCACCCUUAGAGCAAAGAAGAUUCUUCACCUCAUCUGAGAAGAAAGGAGGAGAAAAGAACUGGGGGAAAAAACAUGAGUUCUUCAAGUACAGAGUCCCUUGAAGUCGAAUCCUCAACCUUUUAUGAAUAUUACGAUAGUUAUUAUGAUGCUCCAAAAUUAUGCAGUAAAGAAAGCGUCAGGAGGUUUGCAGCCUCCUUCCUACCCGUUCUGUAUUCCCUGGUAUUCCUGGUCGGGCUCACUGGAAACAUUCUGGUCAUCGUGGUCCUCUUCAAAUACAAGAGGCUGAAGAGCAUGACUGAUGUGUACCUGCUAAACCUCGCCAUCUCAGAUUUGCUCUUCGUUUUAUCCCUGCCAUUCUGGUCUUAUUUCACAGUAGACCAAUGGGUUUUCGGAACUCCCUGGUGUAAAAUCAUUUCGUGGAUCUACCUGGUUGGGUUUUACAGUGGGAUAUUUUUUAUUAUGCUUAUGAGCAUAGACAGAUACCUGGCAAUUGUUCGUGCAGUGCUUUCCUUGAAAGCAAGGACCACCUUCCAUGGCUUAAUUACUAGCCUUGCUGUGUGGCUAGUAGCUCUUUCAGCCUCAGUCCCCGAGCUUGUAUUUAGAGAGUCUUUUAAUGAACAUAAUUUUACUACUUGCAAGCCGAGAUUUCCAGGCAAUUUCACAACAUGGAAGCUUUUUUCCACUUUGGAAGUCAACAUUUUAGGGCUCCUAAUCCCUUUUAUAAUUAUGACAUUUUGCUACUCCAUGAUCAUUAAAACAUUAGUUCACUGUAGAAACGACAAAAAAAAUAAGGCUGUGAAGAUGAUUUUUGUUGUCAUGAUUGUGUUUUUCUUUUUUUGGACCCCCUACAACAUUGUUAUUUUCUUACAACUGCUGGAAUUUAUGGGGGUCAUUAAAGACUGUCAAGUGAGCAGGAAUCUGGACUAUGCUUUCCAGGUAACGGAAAUCCUCGGCCUUUUUCACUGCUGCCUCAACCCAGUCAUCUACUUCUUCAUGGGGGAGAAAUUUAAGAAGUACCUGAAGAUGCUCUUUAAGAACUGGCAGUUACCAGGGUAUUUCUGCAAGUGGUGUGGAGUUAACAUCACUUACCACACUGAAUCUACCAGUUCAUUCCACACACAGUCUACAGGGGACCAAGACGCUCUGUAACACAUUUCAGACCAGCCACUGAACUCAGCAGCAAGAAAACUGACAGCAGCAGGAACUUUGAAAAUCAGGAAUUUUGAAAAGCUAAGCAAAUGCAUACACAUUUAACAAUAAGCUAGUGCCGGAUAAUUACUUACAUCAGCUUUAUGUGUGCCUCUAGAUUUUCUGAGUAUUAUGACAGAAGGUGUCCCAAAUGUGGAACACGGAGGAUGGACAUGCAAGGUUUCUCUGCUGUGAUUACAAAUCACUGCUCAGCUCUGUGCAAAGCACUGCACUGCGUGGCUUUUUUUCACCGGCAUCAAGAUGUUGACCUGCAUGGAGGGGCAGAGGUGAAGACAGCACCUUGUCAUCAGCACAUGCACUUGGAAAACAUAUUCAUGUACUCAAGAAGGAUGAUUGUAAUCAUACUUUUAUAUUCUGCAGUUGAUCUGUGUAGGACUUGUUCACUUGUGACUCUUAGGCAGCUGUUAGCAGUACCUGCUACUUUUAAAUGUUUCGUUUCAGGAGGGAUGAUAUAUCCCCUGUCAUUAAGAAAAAGCACAAAAUAUAUUCUCUAUGUGCACAAAGACUCAAAGCAAAGCCAUUACUUUUCAUUGUAGGUGCAUUUUCUUUCAGGUUGACAUAUACGCCUAUAUGUAGGUAUAUAUAUAGGCAUUUUGAAUUACUUUAUCACUGUAAUUCAGGAUAGCACUUCUGUAUUUUAAUUAAAAUGGAAAACAUUUUGAAUAUUUUUGAAUAAAAGUGUUAAAAAACACCUUAUUUUCCAGCAUGCAUGAAUAAAUUUGAAGCAACUUGGUUAAAA